AGUGCGCACACAAAACGCGGCUCCAUUCUCGAGAUCGAUUUUCGAGAAACUCCCAGGGAAAUACCCAUUAGAAUACUCGACAAUGAGCUCUUUCACCGCCCACCUGUUGAUAUUGCUCCUCGGUGGUCUGCUGCUAACUCAUCACUGCGUCCAAGGUCAGGCGAGUAAAGUGUCCUCCAAGUUGGAUUUCGAUGAGAGCGAUGGCAGCAACAAUCAGAAUCAGACGGGCUCACCCGGACAACCGGGACAGGCGGGCGGAACUGGCAAUGGGAGCUACGACCCGGGAACGGGACGAAGCCUGAGUGGUGGAGGAGGAAAUGCAGGCGGGGGCAGCAGCGGAACUUCCAGCGGGGGAAAUCGCCCCAAGAUCCACGGAGUACGGGUCACCGUCGAUACGGGCGAUGGACAGCAGCAAACGAAAGAGUCCAAGGAGAGCGUGGAAAUUACGGAUUUGGGCAAGCACAAGAAGCGCGUGGGCAUCCACACGGACAUCACGUUCGAAAUCACCUCCGAUUCGGACGGGAACGAGACCAGUUCCGCUCAACAGCAGGGCGACAAGGAGGACGCCAGUGUGCCAAUUUUCAAGGGUCGUGGUGGCAGCGAAUCAAAGCACAAGACCCGCAAGCCAUAUGAUCCCAAGUCGCAGUGGAAUCCCAACUUCUCCGGCGAGCAGCAUGGCUACCAGGGCGCCAAUCGAGGUGGCUACCAGGGCUCCAAUCGCGGCGACUACUAUCCGCAGUACUAUCACGGCAACGUCUAUGCCGGCGGAAGUUCCGAUGCAGGCAGCAUUUACAGGAACGGCGAGACCUGGACGCACUACGUCCCGGUUUGGACCACGGAGCGAGUGCCGCAGGAGCAGGGACAGAUCUAUCGGCGGCCCAGCUGGAAGCCCUGCUACUGCAUGUCAUCCACGGAGUUCAGACGCCGUCGGGAUAGCAAAGCCAGAAGAGAGCAGACGGAUCAGCACAACAAGGGUGUCAUCAACAGUGGGGUUGUCCAGGUGGUGGAUGGCAAGUUGGAGCGGCCUUUCUCCUGAGGAAAAGCCCUCCGCUUUAACCAGUUUUCACAACUUUGUAAAGUUAGGUAAUGCAGAAAUAUAUUUAAAAUAGAACUUU